AUGAGCAGUUCCUGUGUGACACUGGCCGAGGUCCUGUGGGCAAAAGGAAGCCCUUUAGAGGAAGAAGAAAUAUGGGCACUCUUGUAUCUGGCCACAGUGCAGCUACUGGAGGACCUUCACAAAGACCCUGCCAUCUGUGUGAUUUGUCCGUGGUCAGUACUACUGUCUCCUGAAGGAAAUUUGUCCUUCCAAAAGAAUACAUCUCAGAUGGAAGCUGCCCCCUUCAGUGCACCAGAAUUGCUUCACAGACAAAGUAUAAACCAGCACAUCGGACUAACAAAGAUGUUGGUGUAUUCCUUAGGAAUGACUCUCUACUGGUCAGUAGACUUCCAGGUUCCUCCAAACCAGUCCCUCCAGCUGAGUGACCAACUACACACGCUCUUGCUGACACUAUGUGAAGAUCUGCCAUAUAAAAGGCUUUCUCCUGAAUCGAUUCUGGAAGCAUGUGAGGCACAUCAGAAGGAAUUUGCUUCCUUACCAGCAAAUGUCUGCAUAAAGAAAAUGGUCCAGUUUGCUCUGGGAAGUGUUGGUGAGGUAGAGCAGGUAGUCACUGAAGACAGCACAGCCUUUCAGCUUAACAGAAGUCAUGUGAUAAGGAAAAGACUGCAUGAGAAAAUAUCGGACACCUCACCACUGUCCUCCCAGAUUAAUUUUCACCAAGGGUCCACAUUAAUGAAUUAUAGUCGGUCAACAGAAGAUUACAAAGAUUACAGGCAACUCUCUGUGGAACACAGUGACUCUAAUAGUAUAUCUGAAAGUACAUCUUUAAUACUGUCUAACCAAGGACACAGGAGAGGGAGAGUUCCACAGACACACAGGUCAUGGGACCCCACCCUUAGUGGGUCAAGGACACAAAGUAGCUACAAGCUCUUCAUAAACAGUGUCCUGCCAGAUGUCACUGGCCUCCCAGAACAGCUGGGACAGUCUCUGUCAGAAUCAGAAAGGUCAGUCAGCGCUGUAGAAGAAAUCCCUGGUGGACCUCAGGACAACAGCAAACACAACCUCCUAAGUUUAGGUUCCACUUUCUCCAUGUCUACAAAGGACUACACAGCAGCAAUGUUUUCAGGUCCAGAAUUUAUAAUUUUGUCUAGUGAACCACCAGUGACCUUACAGCUGCCUGGAUCAAUUGUGACUAAAAAAGGGAAAUCGUAUUUGUCCCAAAGGGAUCUCAACGUUGUUCUACUCAAUGGGCGGUGCCUUGAGGUGCAAUGUGACAUCAAGUCCAAGGCAAGAGAUGUUUUUGACACCGUGGUGGCAUAUGCUAAUUUGGUGGAACAUUUCUACUUUGGCUUGGCUUACCUGAAAGGUAAAGAAUUCUUCUUUUUGGAUGAGGAGACCAAACUCUACAAAGUGGCCCCUGAUGGUUGGAAUGACCAACCCAAGAAGAAAACCUCACUUAUUAAUUUCACACUCUUCCUAAGGAUAAAAUUCUUUGUCAACCACUUUAAUGUUAUCCAGCACAGCCUGACAAGGCAUCAGUUUUACCUACAGCUUCGUAAAGAUAUUUUGGAGGAACGAUUAUAUUGCAAUGAUGAGAUUGCCCUGAAACUUGGCGCUUUGGCUUUACAGGCAGAGCUUGGCAAUUAUGCUCCUGAGAUGCAUGGGAAGAGCUAUUUUCGUGUUGAGGACUACAUUCCAGCAAGCCGAAUAGAGAAAAUGACCCUGGCCUAUGUACAGAGAGAGCUCGCUAAAUUACAUCGCAUGUAUCAUUCCCUCUUUGAGGAUGAAGCUGAAUUAGAAUUUUUAAAGGUGACUCAGCAACUUCCUGAAUAUGGUGUGUUAUUCUAUCGUGUGUCCCAAGAGAAGAAAGCAGCAGGAGGGGACAUCAUCCUGGGAAUCUGUGCCAAAGGCCUCAUUGUGUAUGAGAUAAAAAAUCACACAAGAAUUGCCAGUUUAAGAUUCCAGUGGCGUGAAACAGAGAGAAUUUCUGCUCAUAGAAAAAAAUUCAUGAUUGAAAGCAGCUUCAGUGGCAAGAAACACACCUUCAUUACUGACAGAGCAAAGACAUGUAAAUAUCUACUGGACCUGUGCUCUGCCCAACACAAAUUCAAUGCACAGAUGAAUUCUAGGCAACUUCGGCAAACUCCAUCAGGCCAGGAUGCUGUUGGCUUUCUUGGACAUCUUGGUACUCCAUUCUCUAGUCAAACUCAGGAACACCUUGCCCUGAUUCAGAGACUGUCUCGUUCAGAGAAUGUGCUCUAUGGAGCACACCUGGAAAACCUUUCUGCUGGGAUGAUGAGCAAAUCUUGUGAUAACCUCAGUGUGGAAACCAACAACAGGAGUAGAGAGAAAAGCAAUCUUGGGAGCUGGUUUGUUUCUGCAGCACCUGGAUCACCAGCCACCCAAAAGGAAGUUUUGCUAAGUGGUCUAGAGAGAGAAAUUAUUUGUGUCAGCCUAAAACGUGACCCUAAGAAUGGAUUUGGUUUUGUAAUUAUUGGAGGAGAAAACGUAGGAAAAUUAGACCUUGGUAUCUUUAUCGCUUCAAUUAUUCCUGGGGGACCUGCAGACAGAGCUGGAAAUAUCAAACCAGGAGGACGACUCAUCUCUGUGAAUAAUAUUAGUCUCGAGGGCGUUUCAUUUAAUACUGCAGUUAAAAUCAUACAGAAUUCUAGUGAUGAAGUGGAGCUCAUAAUCUCUCAACCCAAAGAUAUGUAUGAAGAAGGAACAAAUGAAGAAAAGACUCUGUCAAGGGGAAACAGCACUAGUGGAUCUGAGAUCUCUUGUACAGACAGUGGGAGAAAAAAGAUUCAGGAUUGUCAUACAGCUCUCCCCAAAGAACAGAACAUAACUAUAGGUGAACUUGAGAAGACACUUUCCUGGAGUUUAGCACCAAAAUUAGGCCCUGUGAUUCCAGCUCCUUCAGCUGACAGCCUGGAUGUGGAGGAAACUGAUUCUUCACACUUACCAUCUCCAUCUGAAUCUAACUCAAAGGAAAUCUAUACUGUGGAGCUUGUUAAAGAAGAAGGGACUUUUGGAAUCAGUGUGACUGGUGGAAUUAACACUAGUGUGCGUCAUGGUGGGAUAUACGUGAAGUCAAUUAUUCCCAGGGGACCAGCAGAUAAGGACGGACAAAUAAAGAUAGGUGAUCGUCUGCUGGAGGUAGAUGGCAUCAGCCUUUGUGGCAUCACCCACAAACAAGCUGUGGAACACCUCAAGAAAUCUGGCCAGAUUGCCAAGCUGGUUCUAGAAAGGGGAAACUACCGAUUGUCAGAGCCAUGCCUGACUGCUAAUGACAGAAAGGAGGACCAAAGGAAAGUUGUUUCUGUGGCAACAUCCUUCACAGAUGGUACCAAGGACUACUGCUUUUUAACAGAUGAUAAUACAUUUGAAGUCAAAUUGACAAAGAAUUCUGGAGGCCUCGGCUUUAGUGUUCUGCAAAUGGAAGAAGAUGCUUGUGAACACCUUGGAGGAGCUAUUGUCAGGAUUAAAAGACUGUUUCCAGGGCAGCCAGCUGCAGAGAAUGGUGAAAUUGAAGUCGGAGACAUCAUUUUAGCUGUGAAUGGGAAACCUGUCCAAGGACUCCUGUAUCAGGAUGUCCUGCACUUGUUGAGAGGAGCUCCUCCAGAAGUCACACUACUACUUUGUAGACCACCAAAAGGUGUUCUUCCAGAAAUAGAGCAGAGUGCCAUGACUCCAGCAUCCUCUCUAAUUAAGGACUUUGUGGCAGAAAUGUCAGGCAGUGCAGAAGUAGGAACUAGCAUGGAUCAGUCUACCAGCGAUGGAGGUAGCACCUCUCCAGACCUCGAAGACUGUCUGGAUUCUCCAGUGGCAGCAGAUUUCAAUGAGCCUCCUGAGGAGGACAGCUCAACUUACAAAGAGAAACUUAUGACUCCCAGGGAAUGUUUCUAUAAGCAAUUUUCAAAGUUUCAUCAAGAAGCUGCCAGUUCUGAACUCUUCCAAUCCCUAGAAGAAGAAGUGAAGCAGAACUGCUACUCACCAUGUGAAUUUGGAUGGGCCAGAAGGUAG